AUGAUUAAUAGAUUAUUUUCAAUUAAUAAUAUUAAAAAUGGAUCAAAAUUUUUUAGUUCAUCAACAACAGUUGAAACUAAACAACCAUUAGUUUUAUUAGAAAAACAUUUAGUAAAUGGAAAAUAUACAGGUAUUCAAAUUGUUAAAUUAAAUAAACCAAAACAAUUGAAUGCAUUAACAUUUGAAAUGGGAGUUGAUUAUAAGAAGGUGGUGGAUACAUUAGCAGAAGAUAAAGAUUUGAAAUGUGUUGUAUUGACAGGUGAAGGUAAGGCAUUUUCGGCAGGUGGUGAUUUAGAUUUCUUAAUUGAAAGAACUAAAGACACACCAGAAAACAAUCAAAGAAUUAUGGAAAGAUUCUAUAGAACAUUUUUAUAUAUUCGUUCAUUACCAGUACCAAUCAUUUCUGCAAUCAAUGGUGCAGCAAUUGGUGCAGGUUUCUGUUUAGCUUUAGCAACUGAUAUUCGUGUCGUUAGUAAUAAAGCACCAGUGGGUUUAACAUUCACCAAAUUAGGUAUUCAUCCAGGUAUGGGUGUAACUCAUUCAAUUACAAAUAUAGUUGGUCAAGAUGUUGCAUCCUAUAUGUUAUUAUCAAGUGAUAUUAUCAAAGGUGAUGAAGCUCAAAGAUUAGGUUUAGUUUUAAAAUCGGUUGAAUCUGAUCAAGUUUUACCAACUGCUUUAAAUCUCGCUGAAACAAUCUCAAAAAAUUCAACUAUCGCUGUAAACUCUACAACAAAAACUUUACGUAAUAAAUAUAAUUCAGAUUUAGAUAAAAGUUUAACUCGUGAAGCUGAUGCUCAAAGUCAAUGUUGGGCUUCAAAAGAUAUAGUUGAAGGUAUUUUAGCAAUUAGAGAAAGUAGAGAUCCAAAACAUAAUUAUUUAUUAUUUGAUGAUCAAAAAUAA